CACAGCAGCUCUCGCUCGCCUCUCCCUCUCUCUGUCAUCCCAGCUGCCUCCCGGACUGGCUUUCGGUCUGCUACACAGGGCAUUGUCACUGAUUCUCCUCGCAGAUCUUUGCGAUUUUGCGGCACACGCGACAAAGUGCAAACCGGUCGCUGUCUGCGGCCAGUUGCGGUUCAACUGCGCCUACACAGCGCCUGGAUCAUCAUGCUAAAGGGACUGCUGCUUACGGCUGCUGCUGCAAAUUCUUGGUGCCCGAGCCGGGCUUUCGUCGGGGUUCGGGUCGAGCUCGGUCGUCGAUCAGCAGCAGCAGGCGGGAGCGUUACUCCUCUGCUACCUGCGUCACCAACUGCCGGCGUUGUCCCCAGCAGCAUGAUGACACAUCACCAGCACGAUGCGAUUACCAUCGCCAGCAGCAGUGCGGCAGUGACAGAGUUAGCCGAACGAUGCUCGGCGGAGACGACCUACCAAGGAGAACAUCGAGUAGUCCACAUCGCAACGCCGGGUGCACCUCCGCCCUGGCUUGAGGACGACGAGGAACAGGGGAGUGAGCAGCAGCGGGCUACGAUAGCCGAGCUCGUCUCGCACUUCGGCGCCGUCAGUCGAGAUCGUGGGGUAGAGCUGGUGAAAUUUGGAAGCGUCUACAUCGGCGAGGUGGUCGACACCAACUGGAGACAUGCGCCCAGCAAGGAGAAGCAGAUGACGAUCGCGGCCGCUAGGAAGAAGGCGCUGAAGUCUGCCGAUCAGGCGCCAUUUCGCGGGACUUCGUUCGAGCACAUGAGACUGCGGCGUCUGCACCCCUGGGAGAGCGGCAACUUCCCGCCCCACGGUGCUUACCUCCGGGUUCACUGCGACCCCCGGACUUUCCCGGCGUCGCAGGUCACGGACUGGCGCAAGCGGAUCGUGCACAAGAACGAAGACUUCGUGGUCGUCGACAAGCCCGCGGGGGUGCCGACGGUCCCGACCAUCGACAACGGCGUGCAGAACUGCGUGUUCCAGGCAAGCCUGGCGGUCGCGGGCAUGCCCCCCGCGUCGCGGUCACUACCCCCGCCUCUGCACGCGGUGUCGCGGCUGGACGUCUGCACGUCAGGGAUCGUCGUCUUCGCGAGGCACAAGGAGGCCGCGAAGCAGCUGAACGAGCUGUUCCGUGCCAGGCGGGUCAAGAAACGGUACCUGGCCCUUCUCACCCCUGGCCCGCCCGUGCCGACGGGUUCGAUGGCCCACUGCUGCCGUUCGAAGGCCUUCGACGGGUCUCGCCGGCCGAGGAUAUACGCCGACUUCGACGAGGAGCUUCUCGCGGGCAACAAGUGGGGGGGCGCAUGGCAAGAGGCGAGGUCGACGGUCCUGCUCUGCGCCCCCGCCACCGGCUCGGCGAGCGCCGCCGCGGUGGCGGAGGACCGCGAGCGGGCGGAGACGGCCGCGAGAGCCCUGGAAGAAUCGGCGGCCGGCGCGGCGGCGAGGCUGGAGGCAGAGCUGGCGGCGGGGUUGGGGCUUGGUUCGGGGUCUUCGCCGGAAGAAAUGGUGGCGGCCGCGCGAGGAGGAGAGGGACGAGUGGAGGAGGACGGAAGAACCGUUCCCGAUGCCGAAGCAGCCACGGCGGCAGAAGCAGCACGGGAAGAAGGGGCCCAUGUCCCCCACCUCUGCGCCAUGGAGCUCGAGACGGGUCGGACGCACCAGCUGCGGUUGCAGCUGGCGGCGAUGGGGUCGGCAAUCGUGGGCGAUACUCGAUAUCGCGGCGUCGUGGGGCGCGUGCACCGGGGGUUGAGGGUAGACGAUGACACGUCUAGGUUUGGGCAGGAGCCGGAGGCGAUCGCGCUGCAGGCUGCGCGAAUAGAGUUCGAAUGGCAAGGUAGAACGGUCGUGUUCUCAACGGACCGUCCAUCGUGGGCCCUGUAAAGAAAAACAGGUGUCGCCAAGACGAGGGCUGAUUUGAGCGGGGAGGGGAGAGUCGGUGUGGUCGUUGUGGCUUGUGUUGCUCCAAGCGAAUAACGGCGGUAACUGGUGCAUGUUGGGUGUGGGCAAUUUUUUCGGUGAGGAAUGCAAUAGAGGAGGUGACGCUUAAGUGCGGUAAUGACUUUCACUUUGACGACUUCUUCGUUUGGCUUUUGGUGUGUGUUGUGCGGUACACGCACAUAAUUCGAGUCACCGUGGUGCGCGCUCUUUUGGGCCUUGUUUAUAGUAAAUGCCGACGAAUCUGACGAUCACUUGGAGUGACGUUUUGGGGCCGGGGGGGUGGAUCCUUGGCUGGAUGUGUGUGCUCGUAUUCGGCUACGGUCUCAAGAACAUUCGUGCGUAUUGUGACGCCAUCGCUUUGGCGGUUCGAGCUAGAAAAUUCAAUUUUGACAAUUGUGGAACCGUUUCCCCUGCUCCCGAUACCUAGCUGUACGAUGCGGCGACGU